CCCAGAGCCGGGUCACGCGCCCUGCCGCCCCUGCGGACUCUGCCCACGUCCGUCCGGCCCCGCUGCCCUGCGCGCUGCCAUGGAGCGCAUCGAGGGGGCGGCCGUGGGCCGCUGCGCAGCCUCGCCCUACCUGCGGCCGCUCACGCUGCACUACCGCCAGGGUCCCCCCACCUGCCCCACACGCCGGCAGCGUCCUGCAGCUCCUGUCUGGCUGCUCCCCUGCCCCCAGCCCGUUGCCUGCUCUGAGUGCCCCGCGUCUUCCACAUCUGGACAGGGCACUUGUGCUCCAGCAGAGCCCGAACUGAUUUUCCCGGCUUCCCUUGGACCAGCGUGUGGGCGUCUGCCUGUGAAGUCCCUCUCCUUGGAAUGCCCUUCCCUCACUUUUGUGGGGCCUGGAGCAGUGUCACCUCCUCCAGGAAGUCCUCCCUCCUCUGCAGCCCUGGCUGCACUUGCUGUGCCUCUGGUGCUCAGCUCCAUGUCUGUUUCAAGGCCUGGCAGGGCCCAGGGGUGGGGCUGCGCUCUCCAGGGCCCUAGGGCUGACCCAGUGGCUGAGGGCAGACGGGCUGAGCACACGCUGGUGUGGGUGGGCAGCCACAGGGCAGGGCCCCGGGGUCCUAGGUCCAGCCGCGUGGGCAGAGACCCCUUGGGGACGAGGCAGGACCAGGUGGAAUGGCUACCGUUCCCUCUAGCCCCAAGGAGGGGAGCCCGCCUUGCCCAGCGGUGUCCAGCUGGCAGGAUCCUGGGCCCCCAGACACCCUGCCUGUCGGCACCCCGUGAACGCCGCUCCAGCUGCCCCCUGGACCGCACUGCGGCCCUCACCCACCGAUGGCUGCCUGGAGCCCUGGGAGCCCCUCGGGGCGUGGCGCGCAGGCUUGGGGAGCAGGAUGAUGAGGCAAGUGGCAGGACAGCAGGGCGACAGGAUGCGCGAGAGACAGCCCGAGACAGAAGCCGGGCUGGGGGAGGGUCAGCCCUGUGCAGUCACCAUCAGCGCAUCACAUGCCCCCUCCCCAGCUGCCCCUGGCGCUGGUGUCCUCUCAGGAGGCUGGCCUGCCCUCCUGCCCUCCUGCCCUCCUGCCCUCCUGCCGCCUCUGCGCAGUGGCCCGAGGGACUUUCUGCACGGAGCACCUGAUCUCCCUCCGCCACCGCCCCUCCCCUCCCCCAUGCCCCACGGUCCUUCCCGCACUUGGUGACAGCGUACAUCUCUGCAGCUCCCAGGGGGCGGGGGGCAGCUCGUGCUGUGCCUGGGAUGCCUCGCACCCGUGGUCUGGUUUUCUGCCCCGGCCUUGAGGGGCCCCCGGGUAGGAGCUGGUGCCGUGGGUCUGUCUGGCCCGCUCGGCUUCCCGGAGCACUCGCACACCUGCGGGCGGCUCUGUGGCCCCCCUGAUCGCUGCCCU